AUGGUGAAGCCGGCUUCGGUCGACAGCAAUGGCCUAAAACGGGGCGCGUGGAGCGAAGAAGAAGACAACAAAUUAAGGGCUUACAUUCAGAGGUAUGGCCAUUGGAACUGGAGAUUGCUGCCCAAGUAUGCCGGUUUGUCAAGAUGUGGAAAGAGUUGCAGGCUGAGAUGGGUCAACUAUUUGAAGCCAGGGGUUAAAAGGGGAAACUUCACUAAGGAAGAAGAGGAACUCAUCAUUGAAUUGCAUGCCCAGCUUGGGAAUAAAUGGUCAGCCAUUGCAGCAAAGCUUCCCGGAAGAACCGAUAACGAAAUCAAGAACUUUUGGCACACGCGCAUCGGGAAAACCCGGAAAAGCAGUCCACCGCCAGCUGAGAAGAUCGACACUUGUCGACAAACCACGACCGAAACUUCCUAUGAUGAGGAUCAAGAUUUGAAUGAAGACAAAUGUCAAGAAUAUUCCACUUCCUUCGAAACGGGUGGAAAUGAAUCCACUUCCUUAUUCUCGGUAACUGAGCUCGGCCAGGUAGAUUCAUGGCCUGACUCCUUUUUGGCAGACAGUAGUGCUGCCUAUAAUCAAAACGGUUACUAUCCACCAUUGCUCGAGGAAGAUUUUUUCUAUCCCGAGUUUAGUUAUGGUGGGUUAUCAAACUCGGGAGACGCUUCUUAUUCGAAUGUGGAAUCCGAUUAUUGGAGCGAACCAUUAUUCGAGUCGAAUGUGUCGAGUUUGCAAAGUCAAAGUAGCUAUAGCUAUUUUCCACAAGAGGAAGUGGGAGGGGAUUAUGAACCUUUGUUUGACUACUUCGAUCAUGGGAUCAAUUUGUUUAGCUAG